AUUUAAUGCCAACGACAAUUUAAAUUAAAAGCAAAUCGAAUAAGUCAACAUCUUAGUUAUAUUUAAAUUGUAAUCUGAUAAUUCAUGUAAUUUAAGAAAUGAUCUUCGCUAAUAUUUCUAGAAAGGUUACUAUAAUAAGUCGGGUACAUACAAGACAUGUCACCAACAUACCAAUAUGGAGAAACGAGGUUGUGGAAAAUGCCUUGAAAUUUAUACAAAGAAAUGUAGAGUUCGUAAGGAUACAUGGACCAACUGCUGACGAGGUAACAAGAGAUGUUAAUUUGGCAGAUAAAACAUGUCUAAUAACUGGAGCAAAUAGUGGGAUCGGUCUAGAAGUAACUAAAUGUUUGAUUGCGCGGGGGUGUAAAGUUUUGAUGGCAUGUCGAAACACUUACGCUGCAAAUAUUGCCGUAAAAAGUGUCCCCUGUGAAAAGGCAAAUCAAAUAAGUAUCCACAAAGUCAAUCUCACAUCACUCGCUUCUGUUAAAAACUUAUCUGACAAUCUCCAGAAAGAGCAUAAAAAAAUUGAUAUUGUUAUAUUGAAUGCUGCUGUGUUUGGGAUUCCAUGGACCAUCACUGAAGACGGCUUAGAAACUGCAUUCCAAGUGAAUUAUCUUAGUCAAUAUUACUUACUGAUGAAUAUCGAAAAGAUCCUUGCCCCUAACGCACGCGUUGUUUUUACGUCUUCUGAAUCACACAGAAACAUAAAUUGGAACAUGGCAAAGAUAACAGCGCCAAGUUUGGAACAUCUUUCGAUUCCAAAGGAAGAGUAUACAUCUAUCAGAGCGUACAACAUUUCAAAAUUAUGUUCAAUUUUGGCAAUGCAUUAUUUGGGUUAUCGGUGGUUAAAUACAGAAAAAACUGUUUUUUGUGCGCAUCCCGGGUCUUUCAUCAAGACGCGGUUAUGUCGCAAUUGGUGGGUUUACGAAGCUCUUUACACCACGAUGUUGCCAUUCUCAAAAACCAUUCGGCAAGCGGCGAGCACGAUCUUGUACUGCGCGACGGCUCCAGAGCUGAGCGGUGUGUCGGCGCAGUAUUUCAAGGACUGCCGGCGCUGCGAGGAGAGCGAUUUGGCCUGCGAUAUGCACCUCGCCUUUAAGAUCAACGAACUCACGCGCGAAAUACUGCGCGAGCGCGCGCCCGAAUACGUCGAUACAUUCCGAACUAUCGACAAGCCCCCCAGUGCCCCCAGCACCCCGGCCGCCCCCACCGCCCCCAGCGCCCCCAUCGCCCCCAGGGAUGUCGACAAAGUGCAACAAGUAAAGGAAAAUGUUGAACACGACCCUCUUAUAACCAGUUAUACUAAUUGAUUUAUUUUUGUCUGAUGUACGUUGGCGAAGGAAUGCUCUUUUCUGUUUGAAUUUUAUUUUGUAAUUUUUCUUGCAAAUGUUGCAAUA